AUGAAGCUGUGUCAGCGAGUCACCUCCUCUACAAACAAGCAAACAGCAGGUAUGAGGAAGGUCUGGAAAUACCUGCACAGGCUGUUUCAGAAAUACAAAGUGGAGGACGAGCAGCAGAAGGACAAAAUCGCUGCCAAGAACUCGCUGGAGUCCUUCGCCUUCAACAUGAAGAACAGCCUGCAGGACGAGAGCAUGAAGGGCAAAAUAAGUGAGGAGGAGCAGAAGAUGCUGCUGGAGAAGUGUGAGGAGACCAUCAGCUGGCUGGAGAACAACCAGCUGGCUGAGAAGGAGGAGUUCCAACACAAGCAGAAGGAGCUGGAGAAAGUGUGCAACCCAGUCAUCAGCAAGUUGUAUCAGGGAGGGAGGCCUGCAGGCAGCUGUGGAGAGCAGGCAAGAGGAGGCUCCCAGGGGCCCACUGUUGAGGAGGUGGACUGAGGGGGCCUGAACCUGGACUCUGGUAGCAAUGGGACUGUUUAACAUGCAACUGUAACGUCAUGUUUUUUUGUUUUCAUUCUUAAGAUGUUUAUAACUAAAGAUGAAAUUUAUAUGUUUUUAUAUUCUUGCAUUGCUAGAUUGUGCAAUAAAGAUGGUUGGUAAAUACAGCUUGCUUGAAUCAUCAGAUCUUUGCACAAUAUCAAACCAGAGAUUAUUAAUACUGUGUUUCAUUCAUAUAUGUGAGGUAGAAAUAUUUAAAAUUAAGAACAUCUGAACUUGUUAAUAUGGAAAUGAAUUUGUUUGAGCAUCAAAAUCAGUGGUGCAGUUUGCAGAAGCACCACUAGAUGUCACAAUUUAACUGCUUUCAGAGUCUUUCUCAUUCUCAUUGAGACAUACAGGCUUGUAAACAAUAUGUUAACAACUAUGACCAACUGUCAGUUUAUUUUCCAGCCAGUUGUUUUUCAGCAUCGACUUAAUGUACAUUUUAAAGGGUGUCAGUGAAAUAAUGUUCAAUAAAUAAAACUUAAAUGUCCAGAUGUCAGUGUCAUCAAACCAAAACAGAUAAGGAGACAAGUGCAAUCCAGACAUGACAUUCCAUAUAUACUCCUGUAUGAUGUCUGUGCAGUGGAAGUCAAAGUAUUCAGAACAUUACUUUGGUAGGAGUUCCUAUAAAAGCAGAAGUAGAAGUUAGGCAUUGAAAGCAGAUGCUGCCUGAAACUGUAAAAUGAUUAAACAAUACAUAUUGGAAUAUUAUUUCUUAUGCAUUAAUGUGUAAACAGCUUCUUCAUUCUUCGUUAUUUUAUAUAAAAUUGCACCUCAUAGGUAUUUACAUCAUGGAUUAAUAUUUUGAGUGUUUUCCCAAUUCUUUGAUCUUUUGGUGUAUAAAAAUUGAAAAUAAAUAAAUGAUGACCUUCA